ACUCGACCCCGAUCAUCGAAUGGCAACAACUACUCAGUGCACGGGUACGAGUACGAGUACCUACCUGCCAACUUAUACGGAGUAGUUAAUCCAUUAAAGUAUCUCCCACAACCUGCGCCGAAUCUUCCGCCCAAACCAAUGCCAUCGAAAGUAUUAAGCAUUACAUACCUAGUAUUCAUUACCAAUAAGCUCUGAUGGAGUAGUCUUAAAUUGUCGUGAUGGAUACUAGGUAUUUUCUUCACCACGGAGUACUCUUACUCUGUUAGAACUUGGCGCAACUUGACCUGAGUAAAAUCCUGGCUGUCUAAUAUCUCUCUCUCUUCUGAAGAUUUUGAAUCGCAAAGAUCCAUAAUAAACUUGCAAGGUCCGGAAAUUCCCAAGUCUCCGUCCAGAUCAAAUCUCUUGGCAUCAAAUCUGUCGGGCUAACCUAACCUUCACCUACCAUGGUCCAUCGGCAGUAGUAAGUAGCGAGAUGCAUCUCUUUUUCACCGCCUUCUAAUCUUAUCAUGAACCCUGUGAAUGAGGAAUUCGGGUGUUCCUACGAUGUGAAGCCUUCUCGGGGAGGCUGAACACUAAACGCUGAAGCCAACUGCCGAAACCUCAAUCUCACUAUGGCUUUAACAGAUCUUCGUGCGCUUCAAGCACCAGUUCGCACGUUGAUAUUGUGUUUCACGCUCUGGAAGAUCUCGCUUCUACUUAUCGCAGCUAGCAGUCCAGGUCCAGGCUAUGAUACAUCCACCAACCUCUUAUUGCUGAGUCUGCAAUCGGUCGAAAAAAAGAAGUUACCAUCGGGAGUGCAGUACCUCAUCGGCAAAUUGAUAAGAUGGGAUGCACUUUACUUCGUACAUGCGUCGAAUCGGGGUUAUGUCUAUGAGCAAGAAUGGGCGUUUGGGUGGGGUUUCACCCGCAUUAUAAAAUUUAGCAUUAUUGGUAAGUAGAGAGCCGACUGCCCAUCUGCACGCCUCGUUGACCAAGGUAGGACUUGAAUAUCUUGGGGUACCCCACUAUAAUGGACUGGAGGGGUUGGUGGGGAUCUUGAUUGCUCAUGUCGCCCAUCUACUUUCAAUUCUUGUCCUUUACAGCUUAACCUUGACACUCUUCCCUUCUAAGAGGUUUGCUCUAGUCACAGCUCUUCUGCACAUCAUAUCACCGGCUGGAAUCUUUCUCUCCGCUCCAUAUGCUGAAAGUUUGACUGCUCUAUUGACCUUUCUGGGAGUUUUCAUUUUCACAAAAAGUUUUGCAUCUGGAACAUCCAAGAGAACAUUAGGUCAUGACCUUCUUAUCCUCAUUUCCGGCGGGGUAUUCGGAGUCGCUAGUACUUUCAGAAGUAAUGCAUUACUCAAUGGACUCCUCCUGCUCGAGGAAGCAUUCAGAGCCCUCAUCAGCUUAGGUAACGGGUUCAAUAUAAACACCUUCCGUCGCCUGAUCAUUACUGGUUUGGGAGGCAUAUGUGUUGGUAUUGGCUUCCUCACACCACAAUACCUCGCAUAUCAAGAGUAUUGUGGGGCGACGGGAGUUGAGUAUACAAGAACGUGGUGUAAAAAUACCAUACCAAGUGUAUAUACCUUUGUGCAAGCCUACUACUGGUAUGUCGAUGGAUUUGGGGAAAACAAAGCCUUUCUAACAUCUACUAGGAAUAAUGGUCCGUUCAAGUAUUGGACCAUGUCCAACAUACCGCUAUUUAUACUUGCGAUGCCUAUGAUCAUAAUUCUAGGAGUAUCUGGCAACGCGGGGUUAAGGGAUGCUCACUUCCAACAAAUUUUUUCGGCUGCCACGGUUACCUCUAAGAAAGAAGUCAGCCCGUCAACGGAUGGAAUCCGAAAUACCGAUAAAAUCCAGAUUAUCCGGAAUUUAGCGCUCUCACAGUUGAUUCUCACGGUAUACACGGUAAUAGGUGGACAUGUUCAGAUCAUCACAAGGAUCUCAUCAUGUUGUGUGGUAUAUUUAUGGUAUAUGGCCGCUUCGAUUGGGGAAGAAAAAGAUCCAACAGUCACAAUGGUUGGAAGAUUCAUGAUAAUAUAUGCCGGCAUCCAAAGUGGCUUAUUCUCAUCAUUCUUACCACCUGCGUAGUAGGAAAAAUGGUUGUUAGUUUAAAACAUAUCCAGUGGCAAUUGCUGUGGUAGGCCACUUAUUAUGCGCUCUCUCUUCUCUCUUCCCUUUUCCUUGCUUUGACAAACAAGAAAUUGAAACAGAAUUAUUUAUAACUAUAUAUACCAAUCAAAAGGCCAAUAUCAGUUCCAGAAUUAUU